AUGGCUGUAACGCAGGUACUUCAUUUGCGGAAGAUACGCGGCACCAUUCACUACGGUAGGUCGAGAGUGUGCUACAGAUACCAAAACAACGUCUACCGAGACAAGUGUUGUUCUCCGUGCCUAUUUCACGAUGGUGCACACGACAAGGAUAGGGUUCCCGUGACUCCACCUGCGCUUGGCUGGAGACAUUGUAAGAAGGGGUGGCUGGUCGAUGUCAGUGGCGUUCGUGCUGUUAUUUUUUUAACAGAUUCCUUGACUGAACGAUUGAAGGUGAAGGUAAUUCAGAAUGCUUGCGAGAAGCCAGCACCAGGAGGGCACUUGAAGGCAUUACCUAGGUACAGUAAGCGGGAUUCCGGGAAGGAGUUUGUGUGGACCACAUUUUCACAGCUCAUCAAGUGUUGGGGCGACGCCAUACACACCCUGUCGGCUUGGAAUAUGCAGAAGAUAUUGCUCCCACCUUUGAAAGGGAGGAUUGAAGCACAAUAUAUGCCCAGAGGGCACUUGAAGGCAUUACCUAGGUACAGUAAGCGGGAUUCCGGGAAGGAGUUUGUGUGGACCACAUUUUCACAGCUCAUCAAGUGUUGGGGCGACGCCAUACACACCCUGUCGGCUUGGAAUAUGCAGAAGAUAUUGCUCCCACCUUUGAAAGGGAGGAUUGAAGCACAAUAUAUGCCCACGAAAUCUAAUGUGCUAGUGAAGAAAUAUUUUCUACGUUGUGAGGGCGCAUACUUGACUCAUCCAACAGUUAUCUCCACAAGUGUCCGAAGGACUAACUGGACAUGUGGACGACAUUUCCGAAGGUCGGCGUCCCAGGAAUGGAAUCUAUUGUUGUGGAAGACAAUAUCUUUGUGCGCAUCAUUUACGAAAGUUGGUAUCAGAUUAAACUCAUGGGAAGACUGCGGGAUAGAAGUAGUAAAUCUAUGCUUAAGUUUCGUUGUUGCUGACCCAGUCACAUUGGCAGUCAAGUGUCACCAUAUGGUGAUCACUGUGUCUAAUGGGAACCUUAGUUUUCACAUUUUCAGCAAAAUUUCUUUCAUUGGUGACAACCGGUCUCAUUUGUCCGACGUAGAAUUUGAUGCAGUUGUCGCAGUUGAGUUGGUAUAUCACACUGUUCUUCUUGGUUUUGUCCGGUGCGAACAUGUCCACCAUUUCAGGCGCAAAACUCGGAUUUGUUCAGGGAGCGCUCCUCGAGUUUUGGUAACACGCUCGCCUGAUACGUCAGAUGCGCGGGGUUCAAACUUAGCUCACUGGCACGUGGAACAACCUCCCCCCCCCCCGAACGGUUGUUCACGCACUGUCUGUUACCUUACCCAGAGCAAUUUCCGACGCUUUUUGAUACAAGUCGUAGACUACGAUGGAUUGGAUAUGCAAAAGUUCACGUUGAUGAUAGCACCUUCUAAUGGACUGUAUGCCCAUGCGGAAUUCUUGUUUCGGUAUUAUGGCAUCGUCGGCCAUAAAGAAACACCAUGCAAAAUUCUAACAAUACUGCAAUGGUCUCCAGUUUCUACUUCUUGGAACCCUUUUGUGUUUUCAGUGCGAUCGAUAUUCUACAGAUUUUUCAGAUGGCAGAUACCUGUUGUUGUUGAUGAUGUUGCAAGCUGUGAUGUGUGA